AUGUCAGACGAGGCAUUGAAGAAACAGGUUGAGGAGCUACAGGCGCUAGUUAAACGGCAGAGCGUCCUAAUCACCAAGACAGGACAGUCGGUGCUGGAGCUACAGGUCAGCAAGCAAAAGCAUGACAUGGCAAACUUAGACGAAAAGUUCCUUCCUAAAGGGGGCGCCGGCAAGUUUGAUACAACGGAUUUCGCCACGAAUGAGGACUUAGUGCAGCUAGUGGGGGAGCUUCAGGGCCAGCUUGACACGAUGGAAGAGCGGUCGGUGCGGCGCUUAGUGAAUUCGACGAAGUCGGAGGAGAAGGACUUCUUGGCUCCAUUGCCGAACGCGGACGGUGAGAUUCCGGACGUGAAGGACGGCGUAUUCCCUCUCACGUUGGGCGACUUCGAAAGUCUAGACAAUGUGAAGCUGUAUAAGCUUGCGAAAUUUUAUGAGUUGUUGCCACCGACACUGAGAGAACAAGAGAAGUUUGAGGAGUUUUUGGAGGGCAAAGUUGAGAACUUCCACAUCUCGGAAACACCCGAUGCUGAUAUCGAGGCGGAAGUUAAGCGGCUCACGGAGGAGCAAUUGAACGAUAUUUUCAAUGAUAUCGCAAGAUAUCUAGGUCUCAGGUCCAGAAGAGGGACCUCUGUGUGGUAG